GAGGUCUAUGCGGAUUUCGAAGAGGGCCACUUGAAGUUCCACGAGGUUGAGCUGCUGCCAGAGGGGCGCCGUUCGCUCGGCUGCUGCGUGGACGGAAAGCUUCGCGCCACUGGGCCCGCCGACGAGAGUUUCGCGAUGGUGCGGAAGGACUUCGGGCGCUUGCUGAGGCGGCCAGAGGUCGCAGGGUGGCAGCUGCAGACGGUGCUGGGCCACGUGACUUUCAUGGGCCUGGAGCUGGCGUGCUAUCUUGGUAUCGUGGUGCUACUGAAGUCAAGCUGGGCCAGGCCAUUGGCGCCUGUGGUCUAUUCGUCCGACGCGAGCCUGUUCGGCUACAGCGUCGCCGAGGCCUGCUUUGACCCCGAGGCCGUCGCCGAGGUCGGCCGGGUGUCGGAGCCAUCGCGGUGGCGCUUGGGAGCUGGGUUGGCGCGGCAGCGUGCCUUCGAGUGCGCCGGCUUCCUGCUGGAUGUCGAGACUGGCCAGGUCGUGCGGGAUGCCGAGGGGGCGCCCCGGCAGCUGGGCGCCGAGCUUCGACGAGUGCUGGCUAGCGAGCGCUGCGAGGCCGAUCCCAGCUUCCCCGAGGUGCCGAGCCUGCUCCUGCAUGACUCCCACUGGACCGCGUUGAUGGCAGACAG